AUGCGACAGACAAAAUCUGCUCGACUUCUCAUCGUUACGAAGGAGGUUUUUGAUAAGCAGAUAAUGGUUCUGAGUUGGUCGUGGGAUGAUAUCACUUAUGAACUGGAAGGAAUAGCUCUGCAUUCCGUACAAGAACAAUACCUUCCCAAAUUCAGUUUCACCCCGCCUCUACUUCCUAAAGGUUAUUCCCAUUCGGUUGCAUUUGAUAUUGCGACUAUCGGGGGCGAGGUAGUGAACGUAUUGGUUGCCAAAAGGAAUAACAAGAAAAAACGUACUGGCUCUGGAAAACUCAUGAUGACCGCUGCUGGCUGGGUCGCGGCGAUAGUUUCCUUCAUUGCAAUUCGUUAUGCAACUGCUCGAAGACAGGGCACAAGAGGUCCAGACGGAUUGGAGAAACAAGUCAUCAUCUACCCCUCACUGCAUAUUCGGCUACUUCCUAUACUUGCUCGGGCCGAUGUGUUUAUUGUCCUAAGAAGAGUACUGCCGUCUUCUUUUGGGGAGAGAGGUUGCCUCUUAAGUCCUUUCUUUCGGGAAGCGAAGUUGCUUCUUAAGCCCAUUCCGUUAGAUGAUUAUGGAAACAAGGUGAAAGUUGCUACAACUUUUAUUAUCACUGUAGCAUUAUCAUUCGGAUCGAUGUCAGUCAGCUCUUUAUCUGAAGAUUCUGCUGGAAUGGUGGAUAAGUCAUUCGAAUUACGUUCAUUCAGGUCGUUGGAUGUUCAUAAUCGUGCAACUAUGUACGAUCAAGUUGAACAACUGAUUAUGCAUAACGCAAAAAUUCUGUUGCCCCUCGAAAUGGUCAUGCAUUUUUACAAGGAUAAGUUUGAUGAUUGUAUCAUUCCUGUGGCUUCUACUACGACGAUGCAACGUGUCGCUUCCUUAUCGGAACGAGGAGGAUUAUGGCUUGUGGACACUGCAAGAGAUGUUGUGACUGUUGCUGUCAUAGCUCAAAUAAGUGAUUCGCCUGGUGAUUUGAAGUGUGGCGAAUACCUUGAUAUGAACGUAUACAAUCGAGAGGUCUUUAUACCUGCUGAAAUCUCAGCAAAACAAAGUACCAUAUACGAGGAACAUCUUUCGCGCUUUGAUUCGUUGUUAAAUUUUCUGCAACAAAGCACUAUACAAUAUUUGGAUUCGGUGAAAGUCAUAGAUGAUAAGUUGUAUCCGGAUCAAGAUGUUGGUAUGACUACCUUUGUGGAGUUGCAUGAUCACGGUUACUAUGGUUUACGUGGAAAGACGAUGAAUAUUUUUCACAAUGUUCCUACUCAAAAGACAAGACCAUCAUCUGCUAUGUUGAACAUACGCGGACAACUACCAGAUCCUAGACAAUUACGCAAAUCAAAAAAAGAGCGAAAUCUUCAAGCAUUGGUGCCAACUCAUAGUAUUGAUGGUAUACAACACGUAUUUGAAAGUUUGGUAUGCCAUUGGCCAGACUCAGAAGGUUGCAUAAGAUCUCUGGCCGAGAAACACGAUCUUUCUGGUGUUCGCAUCCACAUUCCUGAAGUUUAUGAUUCUCAAGGGGUGUUGGUUCAUCCUAUGGACUACGAGAAAAUCCUUGUAUGUGGACGUGUUGUUGAGAUUGAAUUGAACUUUCAUUUAUGGGAUAUCACAAAAUCAGCUAGCGGAAAUUCGGUGAAUAAACCAAAUCGCAUAUGUUCAAACAUUAUUCGAAAGCUUCGUGUUUUGCCUGGAGAUGAAGAUGACAUACGUUUGCUUUUUCAUACAGAGGCAUUGAACAAUAUUGAUGAAUUUGAACGUCGUUCUGAGGAGUUGCGUGUUGCAGAGGAGGCGAGGGAGAUCGCUCGACGCGAAGAGGUACUUCGUUUAGAGCAGACAAUGGCAAAAGCUAAGGCGACAGCUGAUGCAAAAAAGAAACGUCUACAAGAACUACGUGUUCAAACUGUGAACAGUUCUACCAGUUCUAUUCCUUCUAAACGGAACGAUAACAACUCGUUUGCCAUAUCAGAGACAUCGAAACGAAUUCGCUUGGAUGAAAAUGAAAAUGAAAUCGUAUACGAAGAAGGUGAAAUUAUGAUUGAGUAG